AUGGCUUUGAUGGCAGGGGCUCUGGCGCUGCUCUUGGCUGUUUACUGGAAGCCUAAACUCAUUGGAUGCGAUGACCUUGAUCACGCCGAAGACGACCAGGAAGUGCCCACAUCGGAUUCAAUUCUGGACACCGAGGAUCUGGAAUGUUCUGAGGAGGAGGAGGUGGAAGAAACUGACAGCUACAAUGAUGAUAUGGAAGAACUUGACAGCUCUGAUGCCUAUUCUGAUGAUGACGAUGAUAAUGAGGAGGAGGAGGAAGAGGAAGAAUUAGACAGUUCUGAUGUUGAUUCUGAUGAGGACGCAGAGGAGGAGGAGGAGGAAGAGCUGGUGGAGGAAGAAUUCGACAGCUCUGAUUUUGAUGAGGACGUAGAGGAGGAGGAGGUGGAGGAAAAACUCGACAGCUAUGACGACCCGACUGCAAAAGGAAAGAGGAAAGAGGGAGAAGGGAAGGGGGGAAGGGGGAAGAAGCAAGAAAUUUCGGAAAACAGAGGAGCUCGAAAUCACCGAGGUAAAUGA